ACAAAGCCACCACUAGCACCAAAACCAAAGUUUAUUGGUCUUCUUUCUCCAGUAGCUGUCUCCAAAUUUUCUCCUUCACUGCCAAAGGCUGAUAUUCUUCAUAACCCGAACUCUAUGUCUAGGGGUCCCAAACCACCUAUUGCUCCCAAGCCAAAAUUCUCAGCUGACACUGAGGGCAAAUCCAGUGUUUAUACCAACAAUAACUUAAAUAAAUGCUCAAAUGGGAAACUGGUAUGUCUUGAUGGAGGGCUGUAUGAAGGAAACCAAUGCCAUGCUGAUUACUCAGAAUCUGAGGCUGAUAAUGAAUACAUUGUUGUUCCUGAAGCUCAGCUGACCAGCAAAGACUGUGAUGACUUGGAACAUGAGCAUGAUCAGAACCUAGAUGUGUCUGUGGAAAAUGAAGUCUCGGAAAUUCCAGAAGAGGUAAAGAAGGAAGAGGGUAACAUUGCUAAUGAUAAGGAUACCAGUAAUCAAGAAGUCACUGAAGAUAAGCACCAUCACUCUUCAGAUAUUGCUGAAACAAUGGAACCAGACUCUGAAGAAUCAAUCAGAGAGAUUGAUCAGGCUGAAGCACCUUAUGAGGUGUCCUCAGAUACCCCUGAUGGGGAUAAUGAUGUUUCCAAGAACGUAGAUGAAGAGGAGUAUGUUCUAUAUGAUUGCAGUGAAACCAAAAACAAGAAGGAAACUUCUAACAACCUGGAACUGGAUAAGGACAGUAGUGAUUGUAAGACUGACAGUGAUAACAUUUUAAAUACAGAUGAGGAACUAAUGGGUGAUAUCUGUAAUGAUACCAUUGCAGUGCCACUACCCACAGAUGAAUCAAUCUCAGGUUGUGAGAAGACAGACCAGGAGGAGGAACAACAGCCUGAGAUAUUAGAAAAGGGAGAUGGGCGUCUAGCACAUGAUGGUGACCACAGCACAUCUGGAGAGCUUGAUUUGAACAUAGAAAAGGGGACAGAAAAUGAUGACUGUGCAAGCCCUAUUGAGCUAGCCAAGGAGGCCAGUGAAGAAACAGCUGCUGGCUUAGGACUGUAUGAAGAUGAACCUAAUGAUGAAAAUGGUUUGGGAGAGUCCAUCUAUCAAGCAGCAGCUGAAGAGGAAGAAGCAGACCCAGAUGACCACAAUAAUGAAAACACAGGAAAUGCCAGUGAUGGCUGUCAGAUCACAGAGAGGAGAAGUGAGGAGAAGACAUCAGAGGAAGCCUGUGAAGCAAGCAAAGACUCUGGAGAAGAGGAAGAAGAAACUGUGAGUACAGAGCAUAUGGAUGAUGGCUGUCAAAUUGCUCCUUGUAGUGAGGAAAUACCCAUGGAAGAUGAGAAUCUUCAAACAACAGGGACCUCUCUGGAUGAAGAUGGUGUGAUCUCCGAUAGCCUGCUUAGUAGUCAAGGGAUGGAGCCAGAGCGGGAAGAUGUGACUCUUGAAGAGCAUAGUGGAAGUAUUGUGGAAACCUCUAAGUCAGAUGACCUGCAACUUGAAGAUAAUGAGGUGGAAGCAAAGAGGCUCAGCAAAAGUUUUCCAAGUCCACCUCAAGAGGUCCUACUUGAGGCACAGUUAGAAGCCUGUAUGCACAGCAAAACGGAUGUAGAAUGUGGGACCAAACAUGUCUUGCAUGAAAAUCUAGAAGUCCCUGAAGUGGUCAUUGUGCCUGAAGAAUCAGAGGAAAGAGAAAUUAGCAGUGAUUCCCUAGAUGACCCUUACGUGCUUCCAGCAGAAAAUGAAACUGCUCAUGAUGGGCAGGCUGAUUUAGGAGCUGAACACAGUAAAAGAGAUAAACUAGGUAUGGAUGGUGAAAACAACUUGCUGCCCAUUGAUCGUAAAAACGCUGUCACCAGAACACGGUCGCUCUCUGGGAAAAUGCCAGGAAGUGUCCCAGAAACAGUUCCAGAAGAAACUGGACCUGAAACUGAUCUACCAUGUUCUCACAAUGUCUCUGGGACAGAAGAUUUAAGCAGUAAUAUAUUUUCAGUGGAAGGAAAACCAAUGGAAGCCAACAGGGCAUUACCAACCAAGUUAAGACAUUUCAUUUUAUAUCCUCGAUCUUACUCUGUUGAAGGAAGAGAAACACCUAUCUCUGUGAACAGAGACAGUGAUGUCUGUGUACUGGAUGAUGGUAGGAUAAAAAGGACAGAAGACAACUUGUCUUUGCCUUGUGUUAAUGGUUCCUCAGGUAGUUUUUCCCAGAGAAAUCAUUUUUCAUCAUGUGGUGUAUCUACUCCAUCCUCAGUUGUUGAUAUACCACCUCCUUUUGAACUUGCCUACAUCACCAAAAAGCCAAUCACUAAAAGUUCCCCUUCACUUUUGAUAGAGAAUGAUUCACCAGAUAAGUAUUCCAAGAAAAAGAAAUCCUCCUUUAAGAGGUUCCUCACUCUAAAAUUCAAGAAGAAAACUGAAAGUAAAGUUCAUGUAGAUGUUAAUGUUUCCUCUUCAAGGUCCUCAUCAGAGUCUAGCUAUCAUGGGCCUCCAAGGCUGAUGGAGGUGGACCGGAGGAGCCUAAGUAGUUCACCUCAACUAAAAUCACACGUGGGGAAGUUCCGUGCAGCUGAGUCUCCCUCAGCUGUUCUUUUCUAUAAGGAUGGUAAAAGAAAAGGAACACCCAAGUCCUUCAGCAGGAGCGUGUCACGGGUGGAGUCCUUUGAGGACCGCUCCAGGCCUCCCUUCAUGCCACUCCCAUUAACGAAACCUCGGUCCAUUUCUUUUCCCAAUGCUGACACAUCUGACUAUGAGAACAUUCCUGCCAUGAGCUCUGACUAUGAAAACAUACAAAUUCCUCCUCGAAGAUCCACAAGAGCAGGAACCUUUACUGAGUUUUUUGAAGAUCCCAGCAGGGCAUUAUCUGCUGCGAAUGAGAAUGACGGGUAUGUGGAUAUGAGCAGCUUCACUGGCUUUGAGAACAAACAGCAAACCACAGACCAGGAAACAGAAAGUGCCUACACCGAGCCCUACAAGGUGUGCUCAGUCUCUGUGAUACCCACAGAGGUUGUCACAUCAGAUGAGGAACAGAAGAGUUCAGAAGAUGACGAGAGCAGCCUGGGUGAUCCCAGCCUCAUCAACAAGAAAGAAGGCCAAUCCAGAGCUUACCUUAUUGCCCAGGAGCUGAUGUCUUCAGAAAAAGUAUACGUGGAGAUGCUCCAGCUGUUACGUGUGGAUUUCUAUGAAAGUAUCUUGAAGGUGCUUGGAGAAGAUGAUGAAAAUGAACAAGACGAAGUAGUUAAACUUAAGCAGGGCUUAAGGGAACUGCCAGAAAUACAAGAAUUACACCAAGACAUCCUAGGAGAACUGGAAGAAAGAGUACUUAAAUGGGAAGAACACCAGAAAGUUGCUGACAUUUUCCUCUCCAGAAAAUCAAGGCUGAAUCACCACAUGGCAUACAUUAUGCAGUUUGAUAGGAAUUUGGCUUUGCUAGAUGAAACCUGCCUUAAAUAUUCCCAAAUGACUACUGUAAUUCAGGAGUUUGAGCAGAGCUCUGGUGGGAGCCCUCAGACUCUGAAACACCAGCUUUUGAAAGUAGUGCAGCGUGUCUUCCAGUAUCAUGUGCUGCUUACAGAUUACUUGAAUAAUCUUUGCCCUGAUUCUACAGAGUAUGAAGCUACACAAGCUGCCUUAUUCGUUGUUUCUGAAAUCACAGACCGAGCCAACGACAGCAUGCUCCAAGCGGAAAACUUGCAGAAGCUGGUACACAUUGAGCACAGUGUGAGAGGGCAGAGUGGCCUCCUCCAGCCAGGAAGGGUCUUUGUAAAAGAGGGAACACUGAUGAAAGUCUCUGGCAAAAACAGGCACCCUCGGCAUUUGUUCUUGAUGAAUGAUGUUCUGCUGUACACAUAUCCCCAGAAGGAUGGCAAAUACAGACUGAAAAACACCUUGGCUGUGUCAGGCAUGAAGGUCAGCCGCCCAGUGACGGAAAAAGCCCAAAAUGUCCUGAAGAUUGAAUGUGAUGAAUACUGCAUAACCCUGUCAGCAAGCUCUUGCUUGGAAAGGGAUGACUGGUACAGCUGCAUCAGCAGACACAUCCCAGAUGACUACAAAGCUCCCAACACUUCCACUUUCCACAGCAGCGUGGAGCUAAGGGAAAGGCUUGGAAUAUCCUUGGGUGAGAGGCCUCCUACUUUGGUACCUGUGUCCCAUGUCAUGAUGUGCAUGAACUGUGGCUGUGACUUCACCCUGACUUUGAGGCGACAUCAUUGCCAUGCCUGUGGGAAGAUUGUAUGUCGAAAUUGUUCAAGAAACAAGUACCCUAUGAAGUACCUCAAAGAUCAAGCAGCCAAAGUCUGUGAUAGCUGCUAUGUGGAACUUAGGAAAAGAGAGCGACCACUUAGUGUGAUCUUCCCUUCAACUUCAUCCAGGUGUUCAAGCAGUGCUUUCUCUUCUGUCUUCCACAAUAUUCAUUAUUCAUCUUUUAAGAAACAGAAGAAGAUCCCUUCUGCUCUUAUGGAGGUGGCAGCUUCAGGAGAGGGAGCUACCAUCAGUGGUUACCUCAGCAGAUGUAAGAGAGGCAAAAGACACUGGAAGAAACGCUGGUUUGUUAUCAAAGGCAAAGUCCUCUACACCUACAUAGCAAACGAGGACAAAGUUGCCACAGAAAGUUUGCCUUUGCUGGGUUUCACCAUUGCCCCAGAAAAGGAGGAAGGAAGUAUGGAUCCAGUUUUCCACCUCUACCACAAGCAGACUCUCUUCUACAGCUUCCGAGCAGAGGACAACAAUUCAGCACAGAGGUGGAUUGAAGCCAUGGAAGAAGCAUCCAUAUUAUAG